CGCUGUCGGCAACUGUUUGGGAUUUGGAAGACCUUAGCUAAUAAUAUUAUUAUAAUUAUGGAGAUAAAAGACUUGCCUUAUCUACACAAUGGUAGUAAUAUAUAUGACUUGGUGCCAGCUUUCCUUCAAAAGUCACUGGAAAGUACUCUGGCAUCAAACAUGCUAUCAACACAGAAACCAGAGAUGUGUCAAAGUAACCCAGUUUCACCAGCGUCCAGCCAUGGAAUUACAAUGAUUAAAAGUCGACUUUCACUUUACUUUUCUGAACAUGAUACCAGUAAAAAUUGUGAAACUAAAUCAGCAUUGACACCAUCUUCAAGUCAAAUGUCCUUUUACCAUGAAUACACUGCCAUUCAAUGUGGCAGUUACCCAGUGUCUCCCGUAUCUUCAUCAAGCCGAGGAAUUAUUAACCCAGUGUCUCCAGCAUCUUCAUCCAACCAAAGAUGCAGUUACCCAGUGUCACCUGUAUCUUUGACCAAUCAAAGAUGCAGUUACCCAGUGUCUCCUGUGUCUUCAACCAACCAAAGAUGCAGUUACUCAGUGUCUCCAGUAUCUUCAAGCAGCCAAGAACUUUUAUCGUUAACAAGCCAACAUGCUUCGACCUCUUCCGAAAGUGAUUGCAUUUCAAAGUGUAGCAGUAACCUACUAUCUCCUACAUCUAGCGUACCUCUUAUUCCCUCAUCAGACUGUCUAAGUUCUGACUUUGAUGAAAAUGGUGAUGGUGCAGAUACAGAUUUGGAGGAGAAAGAAGUGCACAUUGUGGUUCCUAAUUGUAAUAAUAAAGGGAAUGAACAGAAAAAAUCAUUCAAAUCAUGGUUGUUAAAAUUGAUGAACAAAAAGAAGAAAUACGCUCUCGACGACAAAAACAGUAUGCACAUCCCAGCAUUGGUGAAGCUAUUAUAGGUGUUCAACCAUUAAUAAAUAAGAAAGGAAGACAUUUAGUGUGUAACCAAAUUCUGUGAUAUUUACAGUAUAAGUGAACAUUUUAAAUCAGUAAAUUAUAAUAUGGAAUUGUUUAGAGCAUUCCCAUAUUGGUACACACUGUUAAGUUAUCGUGCAAGCAGUGAUAUGUUCUGUGCAUAAAAUAUUCUGACAGCAAUGUUAAUUUAAUUGUAGCCAGAAAUACAGGGUCCUGAUUUGUUUAGUUUGGAUAUUAGGAUUAGGGUUAAGAUUAGGGUUAGAGGAUUAAGAUUUAGGUUAAGGUUUAGGUUUGGGUGUGACGGUUCAUGCAAAAAUGAUCAUUUAGCUUAUCCUCCGGUAUGUAAUGAACAUUGGGCUUAGGGUUAUGGUUUUGGUUAGAGUAUUAAGGUUAAGAUUUAGGUUUUGGUGGGACGGUUCAUGCAAAAAUUACCACUUAGCUGAUCCUCCAGUAUGUAAUGAACAUUAGGAUUAGGGAUUAAGGUUAGAGGAUUAGGAUUAAGUUAAGGUUAAGAUUUAGUUUAGAUUAUUUAAUAGUCUGCAGAACCUUACCCGGCAGUACAUUAAGAUUAGGGUUAAGAUUAGGGUUAGUAAAGUUAAAGUUUGUUUUAUUUAACGACGCCACUAGAGCACAUUGAUUUUUGUAUCUUAUCAUCGGCUAUUGGACGUCAAACAUAUGGUCAUUCUGACACUGUUUUUAGAGGAAACCCGCUGU